UAAAGAACUGGUCACUAAUAGGGGCUAGCUAGAACUUCUUAUCUCGCGACCUAUCGGAUGAGAUCUAUAUGAAGUGGGACUAAAGAGGCUUUUUAUUAAGUUCAAAAAGAUAACCAAUAGUGCCAGGCUUUGUGUACUGUAGAGAUGUAGAGAAGUAGAUAUGUUAUGAUUACUGCGAGCUUCUAGCCCAUUGCACAAACAAUAAAAGUAUAGACAGAUAUUACCUAGCCUUUGAAUAUUAGAUUACGGUGCUCUUUCCCCCCGCCUUUGCGGUGCUGCGCCUCCAAUGCUAUCGUAGUACAACCCCCGCCUUGCCGGCCAGAAGUAGGGAAUUUAACUGUGUCGUCUGGGAGGUCUGCAGGUAUAUACCCUAGCGAGGUAGGGACCUCGCAUUCUGUCGUGGGAAUAUGAGAUUACCUAAGGUGCCUACCCUGUACCGAGGUACGGAUGGCCAAUGUAAACGCAAGUAAGCUCCUUAAGCUGCCAGGUUGUUUGGUUGUACGUGUGGCUCAUUCAGUUGGGGUUGGACGGGAAAUUGUAAGAAGAAGAAAAGAGUUGCAGUAUAUAUAUUCCGAGAAACCAAAAAUACAACGGAUUCUUCUGAACAAUUUGUGCGGAAAACCCGGGGUUGAUAUGCGACGGUCGUUGCCCCUUCGUAUGCAUUGUGCCUUCUAGGCUGUGCGCGAUGUCGACAAGGGGCUAGGUAGAGUCUGACACACCCAUAAGACUGGAACAAUAAAGAGUCAGAAUUCCUCACCAUUUCUCACCAUGCGAUGCCUGGGACGCGCAAGCCAAGACCCGUGUGGAAGACUGGAUGGCUGGGGCAAAACAUGACGAUAUGUGGAAACUCAACAAUGCGGCUUUACUUCGAUCAACAACAAAGCCAUCCAACUUGAAUUACUGUGGAGAAGCAAAUAGAAAUAAUAACAGGUAGAAGAAGGUCGCGAAGUUUCAAUACAGCCCAACACCUGGAUAGUUGAGUGGUCCUGAAAGCUUGGGAUCGAGCGGAGGUGGUCUGGUCGUCUUGACAGGAUUGACAGCGGGCGGGUUAACGCGGCAAAGAUUGGCUGAUGUUGGGAUGCUACGCAAAUACAGUCAGUCAGUCAGUCGCCUUGACAAUUGAAUGCGUUCGAUGUUUAGGCUCAACGCAUGCGUUCGUUCUAUUGAAUUCCUAUUAUUAAAAUUGCCGAUCAGAUCUUGAAGCCAAAGUGGACUUUCCAAUUUAGUAUUGCUUGCGAUUUCACGACCUGACGAAAGCCACACCGAACCGCUACGUGCCUGUGACGCUAGUGGAAUGGAAGAUAAGCUCCAGAACUGAUCGACAAAGGCUGGGAGGUUGCCCCGCAAAAAGCAUACCCGGCACCCACGCGCUGCCUCGCAGCCACUGACGGAGGCAACACGCUGCAGGUCCUUGCCAGCCAGCACUGCCUUUAGAAUUAUUGCGCGGCAACAAUCACCAGGCCAGGCAACACGAGAUGUGGAUGGUUGGGUUGCCGAACAUUUACUCUGCCGGAAGAUUACUUGUCAAACACAAGAAAACAAGCCUUGAAAUGCGCUUCAUCCCACCAAUACCUCAGCUACCUACCUUAUGCGACUUUUCUAACAUCUUUUACGAAUUAUCUCCACGACUUUGACUAUCUAAAUUACGACUCGUUUUGACACACUGCAUGUCCCAAUCGAGCACCACCCAUAACAUUCCCCCUGAAGGCACUAGCAUAAUUCGCGGUACCUAUAACUAGAUAGUUCUAGUACUCAGCCAUCCCAACCCGCGCGUCCGACCCCCGGAUAACUGACCCGCCGACACGCAUAACCAUACGGAUCUCAGGUGAUAAAGCGUGUUAAAAAAAUUAUUCUCAUCGCACGGAUUCUGGUCGUCGGGCCAACAGUGGACUUGACUUCGGAUUCACCGUGCAUUCAGUUCACUGCGGGGUGACAUCAAUAGGUAUACUUACUGCAUCUAUCUAUUGUGCCUUGGCUUGCUUAGGUUGGGUACCUACCUACCGAUCGAUCUAUAUUAUUAUAGACCAAGGUAGCCGUAAAGCCGUCGGGUGUCCACCAACCUAAAACUGAGCCAUUACGAAAAAAAAAAGAAUCUCUUGCUAUUGGACUUGCUUCAUCAACCAUGGCGCAGGCUGUGGAAGCCAGGUCGUUAUCGCGACUCAACGCACUGGCUGCAAACCCACCUCAGUACCCAGUCAACCCAACGGAACAGAGACAAGAGCCGUUGGUUUUGUAUAUUUCCCGCGUGCCGGGCUCACGAGAUGUAAUAUUUUCGCCAUUCAAACCACAGUUGAAAAAUGUGACGGGCGAAGAUGUUGCAAACUCCCUGUACUACAUUCACUUGGAUACACCUUCGGACUUUGAUUUGCAAGAGGCACCAGGCACGGCUACUAGCAAUGAGAGCCAGUAUCCCAGGCCAAGCUUGGAGACUUCUCCAACAAGCAGAGGUGCAAGCUCAGCGCCUCGAUCACCUAUUACAAGAAAACCAUUACCAGCUUCAGCAAAGGCAUUGUCAAUAAAAUCUAUACCAGACACAACACCGCCAUCAGCAGCAGUACUAUCACGAGAUCGUGAACCAGACUCGCCAACCGGAGCAAAGGGGGCACCGGUGAUAAUCAACUCGAGCGAGCCGUCGCCUGUGGAUAAGCAGGUGCCUGAGCUCAAAAAUGAGGUUGUCAAUCCUUCUGAAAACUCACCUGCAGUACCUCUCAAGGAUACUAGCCCUAUACCAAGGUCCCCGACACAGCAGGUUCCUAUCACCAGGAAACCUCUGGGGCCCCGAGCGCUGAGCAACCAGUCUACCCGUUCUGUAAACGGGGGAACAUGCGGUCUCCUGCAGCCCAAUCAUAACACAGAUAUCCGUUCCAACUCGUCAGAUUCUAUAGUCCAUUCGGUCGUUGAAAACCGACGCAACACACAUACUUCAGAAUUCCCAGCAGUCCAGUCGCCCCUAUCGCCCCUGUCGCCCCGAUCGCCGUCGCCGAGGAUGGGGCCAAGGGACCUGGUACCUUUCACGCUCACAGUCAUUCGAAGAGAUCCUUCCACAGGAAACCAGUGGAAUGUUGGCAAAGUCUCUUCAUAUCAACUCCUCAACCCCACAGUCCCAACUUUGGACCCCGAAGCGCCACCUUCAUAUGCCGAGUUGGCAGGGCUGGUGCCAACGACCACUCCUACAGCCGCGCUAGCUGUGCCGCCAAACAUUAGCAUCCGUGUGGAAACCUCGGGUUAUGCCAAAUUUCGUGGAAAUUUCCCAACUCGAGACAGCAUCGAUAUCAACCGCAGACAGCGAGCAACAUCGGCUGCAUCGUCCGUCACAGGUGCUAGCACAGACUCGCUGAGUCUCUUGCGAGGAAGCGGUGCGGUUACCGGCGAGGACAUAUUCACACGCCAGUUGAUGAUGAGCUACCAGAAGAGCUGGACCUCCAACAUCAAAGACGCAUGGAGGAAUAGGAACCGGAGCAAUAGCAGCUCGCCUCCCCAACCCGAAUCUAAACCACCCAUAUCGCCUCUUGAACCACCUCCUACCCUGCCAUUCCACGGCCGGGCCAGAAGCGACUCUGGUGGAUCUGGGGAAUCUCUUAGCCCGCCAAACGGUUCACCGACCAAGGGCUCAUUCUCGCUUCAGGCUUUACGGCAAAAUCAAAAAAGCAACUGCCACGGCAACGUCGAACAUGAUCCUCGGCAGCUCAUCACGGCCCCCGGGCCAGGUCUCAAGCCACGAGGCUAUGUGUUCGCCAGCCCGUGGGAUGGUAUUUGCGAAUUCAAGACCAGCAGCAGUGGGCGCGGCGUAAAGUGUGUCCACUCGCUUCCCGGCGGCCCCGUUCACGCGGACGGAGGGACGACCGUUGGGACGACGGUCAGCGAACUGCGCUUCAACCUUCCCAGCGCCGACAUGUUCCGAGAAAAGGGCCAGGAGCUGCAGGGAAAGUUUGACCGUCUCAAAAUUGAUGGACAGAAUCGACUUCAGGAGCAGUGGAACAAAGGACACAGGCGGGCUCAAAGCAGCGUGGAUAGCAAUAGUAAUAAUCACUCUCACAACGGCGAUGAUCAUGACGACGUGGGUCUGUCACUAGGCAGGGAGCGGGCCGGUGGUGGCAACCGAGGAAAGCGAGCCAAGCUGGGGAAACUCAUAAUAUAUGACGAGGGCCUCAAGAUGCUCGACUUGGUGGUUGCAGCCAACGUUGGGAUCUGGUGGGGUGCAUGGGAGAGGAGUUUUUGAUAAGGGAGUAAAUACUUUUUUUCUUCUUUUUUUCUUUGUAUGGGCUUGGUUGGCAUGGCUUUUUCAGGAUGGGCCUCCGGAAGAUAUCCGUUUUAUCGGUUUUUUUUUUUUUUUGCAAGGACUGAUCGCAUUUGGCUUGAGCGUAGGUAGGGGUGUCGUCGACACCGGGAGAUGUCGUAAUGAUUCUUGCACAAAUGAUUUACGUUAGAAAUAUCCGUGCAGGCCGCUAGGCUAAUGGACAAAAAGCAAACUCUUCGGGUCUAUACGAAAUAUCAAAUAAAAAAACGCCGACUUUGCAGUAGCCAGUGAUGGCGCGCUACCGUCGAUAUUACCUGAAUACACGCCG